AUUACACUUUGAAAGUUGCUUCGGAGAAUUAUUCCACGUUUCUUGUCGCGGGAAUAAGUUGCACGGGACACUAUCAUUUUUUCGAUCGACGUAGCGAUACCUCGUCCGAUGAUGAUGGCGAAGAAGAUUGAGUUCAUAUGGAUGUUAUUCAUAGCAGUUGCGGUAUCUCAGGCAAAACCGCUGAACUCCCUGGCCGAUGAAUCGGUCAAUGAAAUCGAUCACAGUGAAGCAAACCAGCGGAAGAAUCCGCUCGAGCUUGAAGAACGACUACGGGAUUCUGCUUUAUCGACCAACGGGGAACCAACAGCAGCUACCGCGCCGCAAGUUGAGCCGACGCAUUCGGCAACGGAUAUCGUGAUCGACACAACCGUUGGAUUCAUUGACGAGAUCCCGACGACAAAACCGAAUCCGUUUUCCUGGUUUCUGAGGCCAUUAACGCAGAAGAUCCAAUUUUUGCCGGAGUCAUUCCUUCAGGAUCGCCUAGUCCAGCUGAAGGAAACACUGAACAACCUAGGCAUCAACGUGGUGCAAAAUGCGACGGCAAAGCAACUGAACGGACCCGUUGGCCUAGUGCACUUGGUGGGCCCGAAUGACUCUGGUUUCUACACGAAUCGGCUAGAGCCGGCCGGUUUUCUAGGUGGUAAUGGCUGGUUCGCCAACAAAGGUGGUAUUCUUGGCGGACCCGGAACGAUCAUCUCUACUGGCAGCCUUCUCACGGAUUACCCGACUGCUUAUAAAAAAUAGAACGAGUCGCUAUGCUCGUUUACUAUUCGAAAAUGUAAAUAAUCAAGAAGCGGAAUGACCGAGUGCCAGAUUCAGCCAUAAACUUAUAUUCAUAGACUACAUUCACGCUUUGGAUGUUUUUCUGCUGGUAGCUUUAAUCUAUUCUUAUUGCUUAUUACGAUUAAAAGAAGAUGAAAUAAUGCUUUCAGCACGAACGCGUUCAAAUCACAAACUUCUAUGUACUAAUUAGACCGUUAACUUUCCACGUAACGUGAUUGAAAUGGAGAAGGUUGUGGAACGCCAUAUAAUUUUGAGCUCAUUCAUAUAGGUAUGUGUAAAAGAUAUCACACUUAAGGUGUUUGCAAGAAAAAUACUUAAGGCUUUUGUAGAAACUUCAUAACAUUAAAGCUGGGUCUAUAACAGGUGUAGCAAGCUUUAAGUCAUAAGGAAUUUAUCAUCCACAAUUGAUUAUUUUUCUCAUAUUUGACUGUAGUUGGUUAAUUUCUUAUGGUUUAAAGUAGGUAAAGCUACUAUAUCUAUUAGAGAUCCAGGCUAAGGUUGUAAGAAGAUUGAGCAAUCACAGUCGAUUAUUCUUCUUGCGUUGAAGAAAUAAUCGACUGUGAUUAGUUAGUUUUCUUAAGUCCUUAUGAUUACGGUUAAAACUCUUCUACGUGCAAAACCUUUUACAGUCACUACUGAAGUUAAUAUUGAAAUUUAUAACGCGUAAUAUAACCUAAAAUUUAAACGCGUAAUAUAACCUAAAAUUUAAAAUAUCACUGUUAACCAUUAUAGUU